AUGAAGAAUUUUGGUUUACAUUACCUUUAACUCCACCCUUAAAAAUACCCAGAAUAAAUAGUUCAUUUAAAUUUUAUUAUCAUCCCCCAAUUACAUAUACUAUUAUUAAUAAAGUUAUUGUAUUUUAUUCUACUUAUAUUUUUGCUAUUUAUAAAUAAAAAAGCCGAGAAUUCCUUUUAAUAAGUUAUAAUAAAUACAAUUUAAAAUAACUCAAAAAAGAAAGUUAAAUAAAAGGAAAAAAUAUAUAGAAGUUUAGAUGAUGGCUUAACAUUUUAAGCAAUUUAGAAUGUGAUUAUUGGAUAAGAAAAUUUAUUAUGGUUUUUUAAGUCAUCCAAUAAUAAUGGUACUGUGUUUGGUGGAUUUACUCCAUAUCAAUGGCAAAUAGCUUGUUAUUCAGGAAAUGAAAUAGAAAAUCCAUCUUUUUUAUUUUCAGAAACCUUAAAAGAAAUUUAUCCAAUAAUAUAAAGUAAAGGUAAUUGGACUUAAUGGUUUGAAAAAUAAUAUAUCAUAUUUGGAGGUACAGCAAAUUAUGAUUAAGAUUUACGAAUAAACACUGAUUUUAAAUCUGGUUAUUCAAGAUUAGGGAUUGGGUAUUAAGCCCCAGUUGGAGUUGAUACUUCAAAAUAUUCAACACAUUUAUUUGGAGCUCUUGAACCAAACGUUAUUGAAUGUGAGAUUUAUAAAAUUAUAUUUGAAUGA